AUGCCUUCUUUUUUCAGGAAAGAAAAGAAUCUCAUUCCUCCCGUCGAACCCUCGACUUCUAACUCGUCUACUCGUUCCAAAUCUCCAUCUGUACUUUCCAAAUCAUCCUUGCCUUCCUACCGCUCUAACGCCUCGACUUAUGUCGCUAGUCGCGACGGCGAUCCAUACAGUGCCACUCUUCCCCCUCCUUCUGUCCCUGCUCAAUCUAAUGACAAUGGUGGGGAAAGCUAUAUAGACCGAUAUAGAAGAGGCAACAGUGUCGGCGACGUUUAUUCACGUGGAAACGCCCAACCAGACCAGGAUCGAAGCGAACUUUUUGCUGGAUAUAAUCCCCAAAAGAGUGGUUCUGGUCGGUUCUUUGACGGACCCGGAGCUGGUCGGGAUCCUGCUCCAGGCGAAGAAAAUGACGAGGAUGUAGAAGGUAUCAAGACACAAACUAGAUUUAUCAAGCAGGAGAGUGUUAAUUCUACUCGAAAUGCUUUGAUGAUGGCCAGGCAAGCAGAAGAAGCCGCCCGCGGAACUCUCAGCAAAUUAGGCGACCAAUCUGAAAGCCUCGCGAAUACUGAGAGGCAUCUUGACAUGUCCAAGUCACAUGGACAACGUGCCGAAGAUAAGACUGAUGAGCUCAAACAACUCAAUCGCUCCAUCUUCCGUCCGGUGAUUACCUUCAACAAGGACGCCAAACGUCGUGCGCAGGAAGCCAAAAUUCAGGAUCGUUACGAAGAGGAACGGCAGGAAAGGGAAAGAACCAUGUUGGAUGUCCGUGAGACCCAAGACCGUCUUGGGCGUGCAGCCACCUAUGGUCGUGGAAACGACGAUGAGAAUCUCUUAUACAGUGGUCCUCCUGGAGGCGUCGGCGACGAAGGUAUUAGUGGCGGAGGUAGCGGCAGGUUCCGCAAGUCUGAACAGCAGAGGGUCCGUAACCGAGAGUUGAAUAGCAGAUACAGGUUCGAAGCCACUGCUUCCGACGAUGAACUUGAGGACGAGUUGGAUGAGAACUUGGAUGAAAUCUCGGAUGUUACUAAGAGAUUGAAGGCUUUGGGCUCCGCAAUGAGUCAAGAACUUGACUCUCAGAAUCGUAGGAUCGAUAAUAUCACAAGCAAGACUGAUGGUGUAGACAUGAAGCUGGCCAAUCUUACCAGGAGGCAAAAGAAAUUCUGA